AUGACCGCUUCAUUACUCCUCCAUUCGCACUGGAUUGACCCGGUGAUGUUUCUCUACGACAACCACUUGGAUGAAAGAAGCAAGAACAUGGAGGGAUUUACUGGAGGCAAUUUUGCUGCAAACCAGUGCAGGAAUUUGUUAGCGCAUCCAACCUCGCUGGCUCCGAGCACCACCUACACUGCUAGUGAGGUGCCAGUCUCUGGCAUGGGGGAGCCUGGCAAACAAUGCAGCCCCUGUUCUGCCACUCAGAGCUCGCCCAAUGCAUCUUUGCCCUAUGGAUAUUUUGGCAGCAGUUAUUACCCAUGCAGGAUGUCACACGGCAGCGUCAAGGCUUGCGCGCAGCCCUCUGGUUAUGGCGAUAAAUACAUGGACUCAUCGGUCUCUGGUGAGGAGUUCUCGACUCGUGCGAAAGAAUUUGCGUUUUAUCAAGGCUAUUCCUCGGGACCUUAUCAGCCCAGCUACUUAGACGUCCCUGUCGUCCCUGCCCUGAGUGCUCCAUCUGAGCCAAGACACGACUCUCUGUUGCCCAUGGAGCCUUACCAGCCAUGGGCCAUCACCAAUGGUUGGAGUGGCCAAGUUUACUGCACCAAGGAGCAGUCACAGUCGAAUCCUCUGUGGAAAUCCUCGUUACAAGACACUAUAUCUGGUGGAGACAACUCUAUCCGCCGUGGGAGAAAGAAGCGUGUGCCAUACACCAAGGUGCAGCUCAAAGAACUGGAAAGGGAGUACGCCACCAAUAAAUUCAUCACCAAGGACAAAAGGAGGAGAAUAUCCGCUCAGACAAAUCUGACAGAGAGACAAGUGACAAUCUGGUUUCAGAACAGGCGCGUUAAGGAGAAGAAAGUCGUCAAUAAAUUCAAGAGCUCCAGUUAGCUCUGCACUGACGAUGCUAAAACAAACUCCUGUUUUAGAAAAGGCGGAC